AAACCGAAAGCCAUUAAGACAACAACAACACAGCGCUUAACAAGGCAGCGGAUUGUACAUGGAUUUGUUGAACCAUGAAUGCUGUGGAGGAGCGUUUUGACAAACGACUUUUCGUAGAUGACGACUUUAGCAAGGAAUUAGAUGCCUACAUUAUGGCAGAGGACAGCUCAGAGAAAAGUUCAGACAGAAAUUCUACAACCAACAGAAAAGUUAUCAUGACGGACAAGACAAAUAGUGAUGACAUGGACAGAGAUCUGAAUGAGCUACUAGAAGGCAUUGAAAAAGGGCAACUGAAAGUCAAUAAUGGGGAAACAAAGUCACAAGCCCAUUCAGGUGAUAGCGUGUGUAGUGAAGGCUCAGAGGUCACAAAAGAUGAUAGAUCAGAGAGACCCAGAGGCAAGUGUGAGGCUGAAGACAUGGAUGUAUUUAUUCUGCCUGAGAGUGGUUCCCAGGUCAAGUCACCCCACUCUGUCACGGAGGGAGACAUGUCCUCUGACAAUGAUGAUGACCAUGAGUAUGAGUUGACGGAGGACCAAAAACGGGCCAGUCAUGAGCUGGAGCAGCUUAUAGCAGAAACAGAGGGUUUUCCAGAUGAGGAACCUCCAGAAUACGAUGUUAAGGACCGUAUCAAACAGCUGAAUGCAGAUUUGGCCAGCGAGCCUAUGCCUGACGAGAGAGAACACAAAGUGAUGUUCAAAGAAGACCCUGUGGACUUGGUGGUGCCCCCUGCAGAGUGGGAGGAGGACCCCUCAGCAGAGGAGGAGCCAUCCCAGACCCAGCUCCAUUCACAGACUGACAAACCCUCUGACAAUUCACAGGCAACUCUUAACAACAACAGCAGCAGUGAUUCUCCUCAGGGUCAAAGUAAACAUAAAGUCCUCAUAGAACGGGAUGGCAAAUUUGAACUUGUCAGUGCUGAUGACAUUCGUGCCCGAGAUUUGGGUAUGCAGAUGCAGUUCAAUGAUGUGUCCAGUGUGCAACGUGAAAAACGGGAGGAAAUAACGCCAUCAAGCACUGUACAAACUGAUGAACCUGACAAAGAAUCCAGUGUGAUUGUCAGCCCUAGACCCCCAUCUGCCCCUCGACCAUCCUCUGGACACCCUGGUGGACACCGUGGUGUCAGACCAGCCUCACAACGACCACAUUCAGCCAAUGUUAUAGAGCAUGGCUCCGCCUUAAGAAUCUCCUAUGUAUCACCAUAUGGACUAACUGAACAGGAAAAACAGCAGCUUCAAGAGGGCAUCAAGAGAAAAGAAUCCAGAGAGAGAAACAUGAAGGCCAAGAAAAAGGAAGAAGAUCGUUUGAAACGAAAGGAAAAUGAAGAAGCAUUUGAUGCAUGGUUGAAACGGAAACAAAAUUCAGCUUGUAAAAUAAGGACUAAUUCCCAGGAAACAAAGCGUGAGGAGAGCAAUCAGAGAAGCUACUUUAGGGAGUGGCUUCAGGUGAAGAAGGAGCAGAAUAAGAGAGAGAAGCUACUGAAGCAGAGAGAGGAGGAAGAGAGAAGAUGUAGUCAGCCAUGCCGAUCUCAAAAAGAGUGUGACCAAGCCUUUAGACAGUGGCUCAGGAAGAAGAAUCAUGAUGCUUGGCACAGACGUGGCCUGGAGCGACAGAAGUAUGGAAUGCUGUCAUCAGCCAAGAGGUUACACAAACCUCUGACUCCCCUUCAACUGGCUAAUUUCUACAGAUUGCUGACUUACCACACAUACUGACCUGUAUCACUGGUUACAACAUAGCACCUGCUGGCAUGUCAUUGUGUGAUAGAUGGGAGAAAAACCUGCUGCGACACCCAACCAAAGCUCAGGGCAGGUGUCAGCUGAUCUGUAUGAAUUUUAAUAGUGGUUUGUGGAGUUGGCAACUAACCAAUCACGUAGCUCUAACAGUUUGGAGGAGGUUUUUACAUUCAAGUCCUACUACAGGCACGCUUGACAGUUGAUGAAGGGAGAUAAUGCAUGGGCUGCCAGUGUCCAGGACUACACAGUUAUGCCUGGUUUGGAGAUGCUGAAUAAUGCAUGAAACCAGAGGGUAACUCAAAACGACCACAAAAGCCAUGACCAUAUAAUGCUUGCUGAUUAAGUUGAUCAAACAGAUUCAAUAUGAUUCUUUUUCAAAUACUAAAAAAAAUAUUAGUAAUAAACACUGCAUUCAAAUUUCCAAAAAGCAUCAAAAGUUCAAAUGUUAAAAGUCUGCAAUCGAGCACAAUAAAGGAAAGCUUCAGCUGAGGUUCCUAAGAUACACAACUUGGCACCACAUGCUUUUGCACAGUUAACUGUCAUCCUUCUACCUUGUCCAAACAGUUUACAGUGAGGAGGGGCACAGGAACAGGAGACCUUACAAUUCCAACAAACUUUUUGUUUCUACUAGUGGUGCCCAUUGUUGCUAAUUUUGCUGAUCAUGUGAUACAAUUUUUUGCAGUAAAUAUGUCAGGGUAAGAACAUAUACAGCUCAUAUUUUAGGCAUUAAGACAUACUUUUGCUUUGUUUAAAGCGCAAAGAAAUUGACUGUUAGUAUUGCAGGGUUUUUUUUUCUGUUCAGCAUACAAUAAAUGUUCAUGAUUUUUUUUUUAUAAAACUACAUCUAGAUUGGCUCUGUUCAGUUGAUAAUGUUGUUUAAUUGCUUGAUACAAAAGUUCACAAGUAAAACAUUUCCUCUUCAUGCAACAUGUACUGUACCAGUAAUUUCUGUUGAGAUCUUUUGCCAUUGAAGAGCCUCAACAAAAUGAUGUAGAUUCCCUGCAAUUUUUAGACAAAUAGCUCUGUUCCUGUUCCUGUUUUACUUGUUAACUUCGGAUUUGUUGUUUGCUCUUGACUGUGUCUUUUUUAUUAAAAAAACAUCUGAUCAAAUAAUAACUUCACAGGUCAUGUUUGUGAGUUUUCAAUAACGGUGAAAUAUUUUUAUCCCCAUGGUCAUACAUGUAUUUACAUGUAAACAUUGCCAUUAGUUUGUUACUGUGUUUAUCUGUCCAUCUGUCAUAGCAUAAUAACUUCUUGUCAAUGAAUAAUUUUUAGUCAGAGCAUCCCAGCUAAAAACAUGCUUGCAAUUUGUAGAUUUGCAUGUGAUAUUUUUGUAUUCAAAAUUGACUCUAGUUUGGGAAGCAGAUAUCACAGAUGUCUUAUGUCACAUUGUCUUAUGUAUUUGUUUAUAUGUUGUUCUUGUCAAUGUGUCCUAGCAAAAAAUAUACAUAGGAUUUAACUGAAUUUUAUAGACAAUGUCCCCACCAACUGUAGAUAUACAUCUGUUAUUUUAGUGGCCGAUGCAUUGGUUUCUGCAUAUUUAUGGCCCUUUCAAGUUUAAAGGACUUGGUUUCUGUAUUUCAUCUUAUAUACUUCUGAGCAAAAGAUGUACUUUGGAUUUCAGUAUAUUUUUGCACCUGAAGGGGAUUAUUUUGUGUUCUUUUUUUCUCUGCUCUGAUUUUAUGUAAUAAUUAGCCCUUUUACAGGUUAGUGACCUGUUUAUAGAUAGAUGUAUACUCAUGCUGGCUUCCUCUCCGGCCAUACGUGGGAAGGUCUGGCAGCAACCUGCAGAUGGUCAUGGGUUUCCCCCGGGCUCUGCCCGGUUUCCACCCACCAUAAUGCUAGCUGCUGUCGUAUAAGUGAAAUAUUCUUGAGUACAGUGUAAAACACCAAUAAAAUAAAUAAAUAAAUCAGAUUUGUUGUUUACCGUGUGUAUAAGGAGGUGCCAUAUGCUUAUGGCUCAAGUGUUGGUACAAUCAAGAGAUGUGAACAGUUACAUAAUUAUUUAUGUUUAUUCUGCAAUUUAACUUACCUUGUAGUUUAUUACAGAAUAUUAUAGAGUUCACCAAAUGACAAAUACAAAUACAUUAAUUAUCAACACCCUUUCUCAAGCGGAAGUCUAUGGACACUUGAACAUACCACAUGUGCAUACAUUGUUUAUACUUCCUAAUUAGGUUUAAUUACACACUGUACAUUUUGUUUGUACAUAUUGAUUUAUUUUUGGUACAAAAUAGACGUGAACUGCUAGAUGUAAGAAUUGUAUCUUAAAAAAUAAU